AUGGUGGCACCACUCACCCUGCCCAUGGUGGCACUCACCCCUGGCCCAUGGUGGCACCUCACCACCCCUGGCCCAUGGUGGCACUCACUCACUCCUGACCCAUGGUGGUGGCACUCACUCACCCCUGGCCCAUGGUGGCACCUCACUCACCCUGGCCCAUGGUGGCACUCCACUCACUCUCCCCCAUGGUGGCAAUUUCCACUCACCCCUGACCCAUGGUGGCACUCACUCACCCCUGGCCCAUGGUGGCACUCCACCACCCCUGGCCCAUGGUGGCACUCACUCACCCCCGGCCCAUGGUGUACCCACUCACCUGGCCCAUGGUGGGCACUCACUGUACUCCCUGACCCAUGGUGGCACUCUCACUCACUCCCUGGCCCAUGGUGGCACUCACUCACCCCUGGCCCAUGGUGUCCGCAGGUGUCCACAGGUGUCCACAGGUGUCCUCAGGUGUCCACAGGUGUCCUCAGGUGUCCUCAGGUGUCCUCAGGUGUCCGCAGGUGUCCUCAGGUGUCCACAUUCUCAAACAAUCUUACGAAAAAAAAGUUUACUUGA